AGUUUGCUUGCCCUACUCAUAUGGUCAGGACACGUGCAAUUUGACCUGCAAGUGCAUCCAUGAAAAUUCCAUUGGUUGUGACUCGAUCUCAGGAUUUUGCAAGUGCAAACCUGGCUGGAGCCAUAAAGACUGUUCACAGGGUAUCAAGAUUCUUUUGUAAUAAAAUAGGCCAUUUAAAAAAUUUUAAUUUUAAAAGUAUGCCCUAUAUUCGGCUACUGAAGGCUACUAUGACUGUAACUUUGAUUCAUUUCUUCAGUGCUGAGCAUCAUUCAUGAAAUUAUGAAAUAUAAUAUUCAUGAUUUAGUAUUAUGACUAUGGUGGUAUGAUUUAUGAUUCAUGAUCAUAUUCAUCAUCAAGUUAUAUUAUUCAUUCAUUAUCACGGCUUCACUUCUUAUCUUAUACUUUAUACUAGCAGUAUACAAAUUGACAAAUUACAAUUUAAUGCCUCAUCGCAAUACUGAGUGAGCUUGCCAGGUGUCCACUAUUUGAACAGAAAGUCCGUUUUUUUUCACAUUAUGUUCACUGUUUUUUUUUUGUUUUUUUUUUUCACAAAAUAGUUGACAUUUGGCUAAAACGGUGAACAUGAACAAAUCGUGGCCCGACAUUUUUUUAAAUUCAAAAGCUUUUUGAUGAAAUGGUUCGUAAUCUAAAGAUGUAGGCCUAUAGUCUAAACGAAUAAGGAUAGGAGUAGGAGAAUCGCGUUUUGUCUUUUUUCAUAAGUUAGAUUUAUACGAAGAUCAAAAAUCCAUUAUGAUUAAACUCCAUUCUCCGAAAAAAUUAUAAUUUAAUCAUGCUAAGACUAAGAUACUCAAUUGUUUGACAAGAUUCACAAGACAUUUAAUAAAGUAUAUCAAAUUAUUUACAUACUAUUUUUAAGUAAAGUUUUGAAGUGAUUAUUUUAAUACGUGUUAAAAUGUUUGUAAGAAAAUAUAUAAUUUAAUUGUAAAGUUUUUUCCUACUUAAUCCCCACCCCCCACCCCCCCACCCCCCCAAAAAAAAAAAAACAAACAAAAAAAACAAGCUAGUCCACGAUUUCUGGGAAACAGACCUGGCAACCCUAAUACUGAGUCUUAGUCUUCUUAGUACUAGUAGGCCUACUCUUAGUACAGUUCAGUUCCUCCCUCAUUUUUUUUGUGCUAAUUACUGGCUCAUUACUAUUACAGUUACAGAAAUGAAUUACACAUAAUACAAUUGAUUUUGUCCUUUCUCUAUUAACCACUUCAUUUUCAAGCAUGGCAUAUAUUAUCUUGUGAAUAAUUUUAAUAUUAAUAUAUUGUAAAAAUAUUCUAUAAACAUAUAGGCCUAAUAAUAUAAAUAUUAAAUUUAAGUUUAAGGUAACAACUAGGCCAACUCCAUUUUUUUAGAAAUGGACCAAAUAAAUGACUACUUUUAAAUGAACUAUGACCAAACUAAGUAAUUUGUAAUUAAUGGAAAUCUAUCCAAAGACUUACUUGCUAUUACUAUUUCCUCUAGUAUCUAGUUUGCUACAGAAAAAUAAGUUAAUAAAAUUAGUAUUAUUAAAUUUUUAUCAUAGUAGGUUAGUAAGCCUAUAUGCAGACUAAUAAUAACUUAUAGUUAUAGCUCACAGGGGCACUUCUACAGCACAAUUUUUAAUUUAAAAAAUCUAUUGAUAGUGUCAAGAUUUCUUUAAGUAAUGUAUUAUUAAUACAUUUUUUAAAAUCAUCUCUUAAUAGGUAAUUGGAGCUAAUUUUGGUAAUCUUAUAUAAAUAAAAUUUUCAUAUUCAUGGAGUACUCAUACAAUUGCCCUCUUUAAAUUCAUUUUUCAAUAUAUUUAAAAAAAAAAAAUACCAUAGCCAAAGAAAGAUGGAGUAGCAACUGGUGUGCUCAGUGCAUCUUUAGUUUUUGUUUUUUGGAUCCCAUAUUAAUAUAAGCAAACUUUAAUGUCCAAGCAGAAAAUCUUCUUUGUUUUAACUAAGAGUAUGACUCAGGGAGAGACCAAGCAAAUUUCUUUCUCAUCACAUGAUCAAAACAACAGCAAUUUUCUAUCUAUUGAAAAUCAUAGUAUUAAAAGAAGUCUCCAAAUUGUAAUUCUAUGUAAUAAAGCACUUCAGUCGUGCGGAUUAAAAGAUAAUUUUUGUCUAAUUCAAAACUUAAAAAUAACAUGUCAAGUAUUUGACAAAAUGAAUUGAUCUUAAGUCUAAGAUUUAUAUUUUCCUUCUUCCUAAAGCUACAUGUAUGUCAAAAACUUGCCAGUAUGAGUGUCAUGUUAUAACAACAACUCCCUGGACAGAGCAAUGUUCAUGUCCAAAAAGAUUGCGUACCAUGGCCAACAGUAGUGGCUUGUUUUGCUCAGAAUACAAUGGUAAGAAAAAAAUGCUGUUAAAUUAUUUAAAUAUUUUUUUAAAGUUUAGGAGACCAGUAAAGCUCAAAGUAAUUUAUAGACAGAAAAAAUACAAUGCACUUAAAAUUUAAAUGGUUAAUUUAGACAAAAUUAAGUUAGAAAACUUUUGCUCUUGAAACUUUAAAAUAUUCCCCUUUAGCACCUAUCUUCUUUGGUUUCUUUAAUGAGUAUAAAUCUGAUAUUUGUUUCUUUUAACAUGAAAGUCAACGGGUUCUGUUCCUUGAAAUUUAGAUUUGUUUUGACUUUUGUACUUUCUUUUGAUUACUUCCAUUACACUCUUAUUGUUAUGUUUAUAUGGAUUUGGCCUAUGCUAAAAGAAAGUAUUUUCAUAUUGUAGAGUGCAACACAACCUUAUCAGACCAUUCAGGAUAUCUGUCAAGCCCAGGGUAUCCGAUUAAUUUUCCUGGCUGCACCUGGAGAAUAGUCGUCGAUCCUGGAUCAGUUGUAGCCCUUAAGUAAUUUUUCUGUUAUUUAUUCUUUAACUUUUUUAAUACAGCAAUCUUGUAUUUUCAAAGUCUGUAAUAUUCUUAUAUGAAUAAGCCUUAACGGUAUAAGCUUUGUACAAGUUAUUUUUUAAUCAUUUUUUUUUUAUAUACAUUUUUGUAAAUUGUUGAAUUGGCUUCUUUUUGAUGGGGAAAAAAAAGAAUUCCAUGAUUCGUUUAAAAAAUAUAAUUUUCUAAAAACACACAUAAUUAAGUAUAAAAUAUGAUUCUAAACAAUAUUGACAUAGGCAACUUUAUAAUGCACAAAACAAUUGAUAUUUUAAAAUUCUCUUGCUAUAGUUUCUCAAUGGACAUCAACCCAUUGUAUGUCAGUUGUGAUAAAAACUACAUAUCUAUAAAGGAUGAAAAAGCUUUUGAUCAACCAACAAUACACAUAUGUCUCAACACCAAGGGAUUGCUUCAAACCUCGUCAAAUGUUAUGCUCAUAGUUUUCCAUGGAAGCAUAUUGAUGAAGGAUGCUUUUGUUUUUAGUGGGAGAUAUGAUGCAAAGAGUAAGUAUUUGUUUGCAACUUUGAACAAAUAAAUAUGAUAAGUCAUACAUAUUUGUUUGCAUUAGAAGUUCAACAAUGAACUUAUUAAAUCUAAGUUGAUGUUUAUGCUGGGUGUAAACUAUUCCUUGUAGGUAUCUAUUAAAAACAAAAUUAACUAUUUAUAAAAGUAUUUCUUUUGAUCAAAAAUAUAUUUCUUUCUACAGCUUGUCCCAACCUUACGUGGGGUUUGAAAAACUGCCAUAACAGAUGUUCUUGCAUAGAACAAAACACAAAAUACUGUUCCAGUAAAACUGGCAAAUGUUUCUGCAAAAAUGGUUAUUCCUCCCAUGACUGUUCAUUUGGAACUGUGCCAUGUAAGUUCUGAUACCAAUGUUUAUGAAAUAGUAGUAGGCCUUUUUAUAAAUGGACAAGGGUGAACUAGAGAAAUAUUGCACUGUGGACAUUCUUCGUGCUUAGUCCGUUUCACUUUUAAAAAUUUUUUGUGCUAAAAAAGUUUUAGGAUUGAUAAAAUGAACAGAAUAAUGCACAAUCAUCUGUGUUGUCUAUCAUUUAGCAUUUGUUUGGGUGUCCACCUUUUUAAAACAUUUGUGCGAAACAUCAACAAAUAUUUUAUUGAUAUUACUUCCCACAGUUUGAUUGAAUUUUUUAUUUUUUGUUUGGAUUUGUUGUUAAUAAACUAAUCACCAUAUGAAACACAUGUAAACAAGAGCAUUUACAAAUAUAAUUAUAUGCUUUGAGAAAAUGGUCUAAAUUUGGUUUAAAAGUGCCAUGAUCCUAUAAUUUUAUAGUGGUUAGGAUUCUUCGUCGAGGAAUUUAAAAUUUGCAAUUUAUUUAAAUUGAAAUGACUCACAUAUCAAAAAUACAUUAAAGUAAAAAUACUAAACUUUAAAAGGGUGAAGAAAAAGUUGCUGAAUUGAGUGUUUAAAUGGGUCCAUAAACUUGCAUCACAUUAAUAUUGGGUUUGCGUUACAGUAGGGUUUUAUCUUAUAACAUGAUAUACAAAUAGCAUUGUUAUUUUUAAAAUGUAGGAAUAUAGGUGAUCACAUUUAAAAAAGAAAUGGCUUUUUUUUAUCUCUUGUGUUUAUGAGCUAUACAUAAGUUGAUGUUGGACUGGUUUUAUUUAAUUUUUUUUUUAUUUUAGUACAAUAAUGCAUAAUUUAAUCAGUUUUUCUAUAAAAAACAAACAUUGCUUGUUUGAAUGAAUAUCAACCCAUGCAUCUGAAUUUGUGUUAAAGCUACCCAUGUUACAAGAGUGUUCCACUGUAUUUCUAAAUAUUGCAGCCACACCUUGUGAGACUUUGAAUGAAAGAUCAGGCUUUAUAAUUUUACGGAGAAACAGAAAUUCAAAGAGCAGUAUCUCAUGUUGGUUAUUACAUGGAGUUGGCAUCUCAUUAAGCAAGUACAGGUAAGCACUCUAAUAUUAAUGUAUUAAUUUAAAGUUUUAGAUAAGAAAAAAUGUACUGUCAGUAGCAAUUUAAUUUACUAAAACUAGUCAUAAAGGCUGGGGGAGGACUGAAAAUUCAAUUUUUAUAAUAGUAGGCCUACUGUACUUUUGAUGUUUAUUUAUAUGUACUAGUUUGUCUCCAAUUUUUUAAUAUGUCAAUUGUAAAAUCCUGAAACUUUCCGCUGCCAUAAAUAACAAUCUAAGGCUACUCUUAUAAUAAAGAAAAAAAAAAUAUUGAAUCUGAUAACUGCAAUAUCAUUAAAUUAUCAUCAAUGGUUUCAAAUUUCCAAACAUAUAAAAAGAACAAAGUUUUGUUUAUUUAGAUUUUAAGCUUUCAUUCCAUUUGAUUCUACAUACAACAUGUCUUAUUCCUUUUUAAGCUUUAUUCUACAGAAAACCAUUACUGGAUAUCAGUAUUUAAGUCAAUAAAUUAAAUGUAUCGCACACUCUUCAUGGACAUUUUAAAUCAUCUUUCUUACAAUUUUCAAACAAACUCAAUGUUUAUUAAUCUUUUUUUAAAAAUAUUCGUUGAGACUGUUAUUGUAAACCUUAAGGAAAUUUAUUUAUUAACUUAUUUCUUUUACAGUAACCAGUAUGUUCUUUCUGAUGUCUCAUCCAUAAAUAAAUCUCCGCUACUUGUGUAUGAUGGCAAUAGCAAUGCCUCUCCUAUGUUUCCUGGAAAUAAAACAUUUUUUAAAGCAACUGGUACAGAAAUGUUCAUUGAGUGGAAAGAGUUUUUGGAUCACUCUAAGGAUUUUUAUUUCAAUUACACUAUACAGUGUAAGUGUAUUGGUUAUGCAUUCAAUGUAAAUAUAGAUAUGUCCGUAAGAAGCCCACUUAUAAUUUUUUUGAAGGAGCUUUUUACAUCAUCAUUUUCAGCAUAUUUAUAAUUUUUCUGAUUAAGAUACAUUUAUUAAACUAGAAAAUCAUAGAGUGCUAUUCACAAUCUUGAUACUAUUUAAUUGAAAAGAGACAAAAGAAAACUUGUAAAGCUAAUUUAAAGCAAUUUCUCCCUUGCGCCAUCUGAUGGCAUCUGCACCAUUACUGAUGAUAAAAAUUUGAACCUUUCAUAAAUUAAAUGUAUAUGCUAAAAGAAACAAAUACGUCUCCUUCCUACUCCAUUAAAUUAUUUUCACUAAAAUUAAAAGCACACUCAAAGGUAUUUUCAAAGAUUAUAAAGUUACCUCUUAAAUUAUCUGAAACUGAUUUUUUUUAAAUAUUAAAAGUGAUAAAAAAAUAGUUCUACCAUUAAUUUUGAAUGGUUAUUUAAUCUAUAAUGGCUUCAAUUUAAUUUGAUAUUUUUGUUAUUGGUGUUCAUUGUAACUCAUUUUUGUAACAUCCCACUUAAAAGUAAUUGAAAUGAAAAUGAGUCAUUUCUCACAAGUUUUACAGAAAAACAGAAAUGAAAAUGUGUAGAAGGUAUUUCAAACAUAUGCACUGCAAAUCUGAUUACUUUUAUGGUUUUGGCAUACAAAGGAUGAUUUUAUAUCUUUUACGAUUGUAUGCCAACAUCUCUGAAAUAAAUUUUGAAAGACUGAGGAGAAAAAAAUAAUUAUCCCUUUUCGUUUCCUAAACUUUAAUACAGGUCCUAUUUCAGAGACUACAAUGCAUACGAAACCCCCACCCCACCCCUUCCUCAACCAAUAGUAUUAUAAUUGCUUCCAUGUGGGUUGUAAAACCUACAUUGGACAACAUUGCAUUAUAAUUCUAAGCAAAUCCACAUUUUCUUGGUAAUUUUUGUUAUCAAAGUUCAUUGCUGACAAAUUUUAAUGACCAAUAAUAAAUAAGCGAUUAUUAUGUUAACCUUUUAUUGAUCCAACUCUAAAUGUCCUUUUAUUGAUCUAAUUCUAAAUGUCUUUUAACUGAGUUAACUCUAAUUGUCCUUUUAUUGAUCAUAUUCUAAAUGACUUCAGCAUCUGUUUGUGGUGGGACCCUGAUUUCAUCUUUUGGGCACAUAUCAAGUCCUCAAUAUCCUCAAAAAUAUCCCGACUAUGCCGACUGCAAAUGGACCAUAGUUGUUUAUGAAAACCAAUUUAUUUCCUUAAGGUAUUUCAACUGUAUAUAUGGAUAAUAGUUUUUUAUGUUGUUGUUUCAUGGGAUUUCUGAUAAAUUAAAAAUUAAUAUUCAAAAAUUAAACCAAUGAUGAAAUAAACACAUUUUAAAACAUUUCUUUUCCUUCUAUUUUAUCAUUAAAAGCUCUGGCUUCUUAGUGUCAUUGAAAAAAUAACCAACCCUUCAGGCCAAACAGAAUUUGUUGUGAUAGAUAAGGAUUAAAUAUUAAGAAUGGUCUCUCAAGUUUUUAUGUAUACCUGGCAAGGAUAGGGUCAAUGUUUUGCAAGCAGCAUUUCAGUUAUUGUAGGUUGUCAUAACCUGCAAGAAAAACUUAUUUUUUUUAAACUUUCAAGUGAAUUGUUUCUCAAAUGCAAUGAGUUAAAUCAGGUCAAAUAAUGUACAUGAGCUUACAUCAACUAAUUUAAUUGCUUAAUUACAGUUGUAAACUCAUUGUUUUGCUGAUUGUCUUUGCAAAGGAUAAUUGACUUAAAUUUGGAACGGCAAGUCAACUGUGACAAUGACUAUCUUGAUAUGUACGAUGGGAGCAGCAACACUGCCAUAAGAAUAGGACAUUUCUGUCAGAGUGCUGUGCCCAUCAUCAUUAAUUCCUCAUCAAAUUUUAUGCACAUAGUGUUUCAUUCUGAUGGAUCGAUUGCAGAACGAGGAUUUCGGACUGAUUUCCAGGCUGUGGGUGAGAAUUUAUUCUAUUUAUAAUAGACUCCAGUAUUUCUUUUUCAACACUAUUGAUAAAUAGAUUGCAUGAUGCUUAAAAACCCAUGACGUAUCAAUAUUUUCAAUUUGUAGCACAAAUCAUUUUUAAUUAAUAUUGGAACAUCUGUCCUCUUGUUGGGGAUAAAACAUGUUCUGCAUUCCUCUUAUUUUAAUUAAUGGACUUAGACAAUAAAUAUCAGAUGCAAUAUCUGCAAUGUGGUAGAUUCCCUAAUACUGCAACGCUGUUCAACCCAAAGCACCAACGCAAAUAUUAUCUAUGACAUCUUUCUGUUUGAUAUCCUCCAGGUUUCAACCUGUCUCAUUCAAUAUAAUCUCAUAGGGAGAAGUACGUGUUGGCUAAGUAAACUUAACUUAUGAAGCAAAACAAUUGCAAAUGAUCGCCAUUGUUUAUUAGUUGUUGCAGAGUUGUGGUGGCAUAUUAUGGGUUCCAGCCUCACCCCAUGUUUGGAAUGUGUGUUCACUCAUUAGCAACAAAUUGUUUCAGAUGUAUGUUUUCAAAUCUCCAUUAGCAACAAACUCAAAAUGAUUGACCAAAAAAUACCCAACAUUGACUGAAAAAUACAAAAUGGAUCAUAGCAGCUGAUACAAAUGCAGAUAUAGUAAUUAUAGUAAAAGCAAACUGUUAUUGACCACACACAAAAUGCAUGGUACAUCAACUAAAAGAAAUGUCUUAAAAUGUAAACAUUUCAAAAGUUGAGUUUGUGUUUUUGGCUAAAACAUGUACAAUUUUCCUCUUAUGAUGUAUUUAAAAUUUAACAGAAUGUCCCAAACAUUGGGCCAAAGGAUGCAUUCCUUCCUGUUCAUGUGAGCCACAACACACUUUAUACUGUGAUAUAAACAAUGGUCAGUGUAUAUGCAAACCUGGAUGGACUGACUAUAACUGUAGUAGGAAAGUUGACCUUUGUUCUUCUAACUAUUGUCCUGGCAACACUACAUGUGAAACUGAAGAUGGUGUUUUAUCAUGUCGCUGUAAGUAAUUCAAUUAAAACAAUACUUUUUCCAAAAUUUCUUAAAAUUUGAGAUAUCCCAAAAAUUGACAGCUUCUUUCAUUUGAGAUAACUAUCAAUUAUAUAGCCGCAAAUAAAAAAAUAUGUUCCUAGGAAAAUGUGUUGAUCCCUAUCAGUAGAUGAUAAAAUAGAAGACCCAUAAAUUUUUAAAAAUUAACCAUUACUUGUCUAAAAUGCUUGGGUGAUCUAUGGUUCCAGUGCUUCCCAAACACAUUUUAGCUGUACAUCAUUUCACCACUCUCAUUUUUUACCAGUCUAUGGGUCAAAAUUACCCUAUAUAUUCGCGUAUAUGUCACACUUUUUUUUUAAACAAAAAAUUUUGAUAAAAAUCAAGGAUAGACCUACCACUUGAUAUCAAGGAUCUGAAGUCCAUUGCACCAUAUCAGUAAAACAAGCAAGAAUGCUCAUGAUUGAGAUAGGGGCAAUCAUUUUUUAAUGUUUAUUAAAUAUCACAUAGUUGAUGAUUUUUUUAUAUUUACCUUAAAAAGGACCAUGUAACUGCCCAAUCUAAGGGUGCAACCUUUCUGCGAGUCAACAACCAAUACCCACUUUUAAUUCCUUGAACUCAGGGUGCUACCUAUAGUGUACUGUAACCCAUUUUAAAGAUACUGACAAAAACAUAAUAUUAGUGUAUUAGCCAAUGUAUUUGUGAAACAACAUAUCGCAUGAAAAUGUUCUGUUUUUAAUAUAUGCUUUUUUUUUAAUUAACAUCAUACUUUUCCAAGAUUAAUGAGAUUGUUAGUUUUGUGUACUUUUAUAGUAAAAUCCGUGCUAGAAUUGAAUAUAAUUCUAUCCUUAUGUAAAAAACCUUCUGUGAGACACUAAAUUCUGUGAAUUUUUUUAAGUGCAAUGCAAAUAAUUAUUGUCUUGAAAAAAGAUAAUUCAUACACAGUUAAAUGCUAUCUGACAUAUCUAAAAUAUUUUUGGCCUUGUGCUAUCUGCAAAAGGAAUUUCAUAACAUCAGAUUGGGGCAGAAAAAUUGUUGUAAAAAAUAACACAGCAAGAUUCUUUCAAGGUGAUCUCAGCAAAUAGUUUGGCUGCUUGUUUUUAGCAAUAAUAAUUAUUUGAACACCAAGUAAAUUGCAUCUUCAACUUUCUCAGAUGUUUUCAUUCUUUUGCUAAAAAAUGCAGACUGCAUGUUUAUUGAGUUUUAAAGUUCAAUAAGAUAUUUUAACAGUUUUUCUGAUAAAUAUCUGUUUUGGUGUAAAAUGGCUUAAUUGGUUAGGUACCAUACUUUAAUUUUUUGGAAGUAUAACCCAGCAAACUAAACAAUAAAUGCAAGGACUGUUUAUGGGACCAGAAAUUGUGAAAACGAUUUUCAAAUAAUUUUGACUGUAUGCGCAAAGAUUGGAAACUUUUCUUUUACACUUUUGCCUUCCAAAACAGAUGCUACAUUUUGUUUAUCCCAUUUUAAUGAUUAUUUUUAUCUAGUAAUUCAACAUUUUAUUAUGAUAUAAUUUAAAUGUGCUUUUUAACAAUACAACCAAAAACACAUUUUUAUUUUGUUGUGAACAGAUGUUGUACCUGCAUAACUAUUCUCUUUAAUCAUUAUAAUGAUAAUAAUAAUUAUUCCCUAGCCUGCAAUGUUUACAUGUCAUCUGAAAGUGGCCAGAUAUGGAGUCCGGUUCAUAAAGAUUUUUCAAUUAAGUUCUGUUUUUGGACAAUCAUUGGACCUGCUAAUUCAGUUGUCACUUUAAGGUAAACUUUUUAACACAUUUUCUUCAUUAUCUCCUAACAGAAUUUAUUUCACUUCAAAAAGUAAAAAAAAAAACAUUGUAAAUAAAUUAAAAUUUUAUUUAAACCUGUUAACAAUUGUUAGGAUAUAAAGGAUGUCUGUGUAAUAUUUAAUUAUAUCAAAAGACAAAUUGCUUAAACAGUCUUCAUGCCUCUAAGAGACUUGAUAAGGAAAAAUAUUAUUAAUUUCAUAAAUAUUUACUUGACUUUUCCAUGGUUUGUAUUUUGUGCAAAAUGGAAAGACAAACAUGUUUUCUUAAAUUAAAGAAAAUCUUAACCAAUGUUACAGCCCCUAAAUUGUAUUUUCGAGAAAGGAAGAAAUUGUGGCUCUAUGUUAAAAGAAUGAAUUCUCUCAUGUGUAAAACGAUUGGGUUUUGAGCUGUUGUAAUCCAUAUGAAUAUGUUCCCACUCUCCUUAUUUCACAAUUGAAAUGUAUUUUAGUGCAGUGUUUAGAAAACAUUUUUUAAUAUAAACAUAUUGUUAUUCUUAUAAAUAUUCACCCAAACUUAUACUCGCCCCAGAAAUGUGUCUAAAAAAAUGUGUAAAAUAUAUCAUGAUGUAUUUAGUUUCAAAGACAAUCAUAUCAACCAUUCGAGCUUCCAACUUCAAUGAAUUUUCAAGGUAUUUUUAUGCCUCUGUAAUGUGCCCACAAUGUGUCAAUGACCUUCAAACUGUAUUUUCAAACUUUGUUUUUUUAGGGGAAAAUAUUUUACUUUUUGCUCUAUUGAACAGAGCAUAAUGCAAUGACAUUGCCUUAUUCUUAUAUAAAUAUACUUUUCUAGAUUUCAGGAGUUCAAUUUUCUGAUUCAAUUUGAACCGGUCUUUUGGAAUGUCAUGGUGUAUGAUGGUGACUCUACAGAUAGCACUCUGCUUGGAAAAUACAUUGAGGAGGGUGCUUCAGGCAUUGUCAGAUCAACCAACAAUACAAUGCAUGUUGUUUUAGCAUAUGAUUACCAUGAAGGACAUGGUUUCAUAGCAUCAUUUUCCACCCAUGGUGAGUAAGAUAAAAAAACAUAAUAAUUCAUUGGUGAAUAUUAGCCUCAUUUAAUGGUUACAACAAGAAUGAUUUUUUAUUUUGCUUCUUUUGAAGAACGGUUGUUAAUAACAACUCUUUUUUUUUUUUUGCGGAACCACUGUACUAGGCUAAUCAUAGGGAGUCAAAACUUGUUACAAAGCUUAUUCCCAGGGAAUAUUUUAACUUUACAUUUGGAUCUACAAUAUAGCAUAUUAUUGUUUCAUCAUAAUAUUUUAUCUUACUCUUAUUCAAACUUCAGCAUGUAAUAAUUUCACCUAUGGGCAAACAUGUGAAAACCAAUGUGAUUGUGAAACCAACAACACCCAACACUGUGAUCAUUUGACUGGCUUGUGUAUCUGCAAGGAGCAAUGGUUUGGACACAAAUGUACUGAAAAGAAAGAUCCAUGCCUCCUACAGGACAUUACAUUUAAAUGUCCUGAGGACCAGGUGUGCACAAAUAAUGAUGAUGUGCACAGUUGUGUGUGUCGACAAGGAUACAUGAUGAAUAGCAAUCAACAUUGUGAAGGUAAUUUAUGUCUUGAAGUUUCCCUUUUUUUUUAAAUUUUCAUCUUGUUUCUACUUUUAAUUUUAAAUUAAAUUUUUUGCAAUCACUUCUUUGUGCUUGAACAUUCCCACUUAAUAUAGUCAUCCUGGGUAGAUUUUAGGUAAAACAUUUGUAUGCAAAUAACUAUAAUUUGUAUAUUUAUCUAUAUUAACACAAGCAGCUUGUUAAAUACAUAAAAUUGUUUUUCUUUUCAAAUUCUAAAUAAUUUGACCAUGCACAUUUUCUUAAAGUACAACGUGCCUGCAUAAGGAACCGUGGACUCUGCUCACAUUAUUGUAUCAUCAAUGCUGUUGGGAAAGAAGAAUGCACUUGUCCACACAACAUGAUUCUUGGUGUUGACAAAAUAACAUGUGUGGGUGAGUGUACAAGAGUUAUGAAAUAUAUUUCCCUUUAAAUAGUUUUUUUUAUAGUUCAUACUGGGGGAUGGGCUCUUAAUCUUGUCAUUAAUCCUUUCACUUACAUUUUUAUGCGGACAAGGUGAAAGUUGGUGGAAUAGAUUUAUCAAUUGGUAAUUGAAGCAUUAAAUAUCUUUUAAUUCACUACAAUGAAAGGGAAAGUGAAGUUUGUGUUGUUUUUAAAUAUAUAAUGUUAUUCUUUGCAUCUUUCUUACUUCUGAAACAGUUGAAAUAGUGAUUUUUUAUUUAUGUGCAUUAUAUGUAUGCUAUGAGCAGGGAGUUUUUAGAGGGCUAAAGAGUUCCUGGCAACUCAACAUUUUAGCCCCUCUGUAGAUACUUUAAAUGCACUAGUUUAAAGAACAUUUAAAUUUUAUAUGAUAUAAAAAUGUGGCACUGAAAAAUUAACGUCAUUCUAUCCUGUGCAGCAGGUACUUCACGUUUACCCCUUAGAAGGUACAAUUUAAUAAAAAAAUUUAAUUUAGAAUUUUAUUAACUGAUCUUUUGAUAGUUUUGAUAUGUGUAAAUUGCGGUUCCCUGUAUAAAAUGAUGUAGAUCUACUUUGUUACAUUUCUAGCUGCCAUACUCCCUAAGUGGUUUGUAAUACUUCUAUUGGUCUAGAUUUCAUACAUUAAAAGUAAAGUAACCCUAUGUAUAAAAUUUCAACUAUUUAAUUUUAAAAAAGAAUUUUAAAAUUUGAAGCUGUUUAAUUUGUUGUUACCAUAUUAUAUAUUCAUAAGUCUAUGGCUUGCCCAAUUCUUUUAAAUAUAUUUUUAAAAUCGCAUUUAUGGACCAUGCAUUUUUGGUCACAUGACCAAUGUUUCAAAAAUUACCUGAUCAUGGCAAGAGGGAUCUUGGAAUGACAAAAUUGAGGGGCAUCCUCAUAAGCCACUUUUCACUGAAAAAUCUCUAAAAUAUUAUAGCAUUUUUUAGAAUAACAUUUAUAAAUAUAUUUAUUUGUUUUCUACAUAUUUUUUAGUUCCAUUCUACCCAAGUGGUCCUGAUGCAAAUGAUUUACACUUAUUAAGAAACGAGGCAGACAAGACCAAUACAAUAUCUCAAAAAGUGAACUUAGAACUAGCCAUACCCUUUGGAAAUCAUUUAUAUGGCUCUCUGUAUGUAAGUAUACUUUAUUUGUUUUUAUCAUAUUGUUACAGCUUAAAAAAACAGAUUUUUUUCUUUAAGACACAAAACUGAUCUGUUUUUGCUAGUGAGGUAAAGUGUUAUGACUUUGUCAUUUUGGAAAUCCACUUUGCACAAAUGGCGCCAUUCUACACAAGACCAACCAAACAGCUGCUGUGGAACAGUGAGGUUAUUCAGAAAAAAAAAAUAUGACUCCUUGAUUCCUAGCUUGACCUGCAGUAAAACAAAGUAUAUUCAAGCUACUUCAGAUAACCAGAGUUUUCCUCAUUUAGUAGGCAAAUGUGCACCCACCUUAUGGUCAGAUCAGAUGACUAGUGCUUUUCUCAUUCAGUAAUCAAAUGUACACCCACCUCAUGUUCAGAUGAAUAGUUUUCCUCAUUCAGUAGACAAAUGUACACCCACCUCAUGGUGUUUAUUGUUAAACUUAGUCAACUGCAACCACUCAGACAUUGAUAUUCUCAAAUGACUGACCAAUCAAGGGUUAAAUUGGUUGAGAAAAUUGUCUCAAUAAUGUAGUUUUGCCAUUGUUACAUAAGUAAUCAAGACUAUUUUAUGAAAGUUUCAUUCAUAAUUUAAUCUAGUUCAUUAAUAAUUCUGUAUACAAUGAUUUAAAUUAAAGGAUUAAAAAGGUUAACCAAAGGUACAUUUUUACUUAUUUCAAAACUUAUGCAUUCUUAUCAUCUUGCUCCAGUAGCCAUUUGGGCUGUCGGCUUUCAUCUUAAUCCUAACAGAGCUUUUAUUUAAUUUGUCUAAUUCUUAUAGGUAAUGUCAAAUGGAGUUGUAUCUUUUGAUGCAUCUCUACUCCCUAAUGAACCAAGUAUUGUUACAGCAACAGAGCGUAAAAUUAAUCUGAUUGCACCAUUUUGGACAAAAACAAAUUCAAAAAAAGGCUCCAUUUCCUACAAUGUUUACAAGAGAUGUGGUGAUGAAUUACACAGCUUUAAGUCUCACAGUCAUAAACAAGUUUUUUCCAGAGCUGCCCAAGACAUUAAGACUUUAUUUCAUCUGGGUGACUUUGAUAUCCAGAUGGUAUUAGUGUUUACAUGGAAUGACCUUAGUCCAGAAGUCAGUGAGGCAUGUACAAUUUUAUUUAAAUCUGCUCAUAAAGUUUUCAAAACUGUUUGAUUUUAUUUUAUUUAUCAACUGUUUAGAAAAUGUAAUAUACCAUUUUUUGUUUCAAGCUGCUAAAUCGUAUCCAAGUGGUGCCAGGAAAACUAAUAUAAGAACAGAAAUACCAUUAACUUUAAAGUUGUAGAUUCGAUUAUUAUUCAAAUUUGAAUUUCCACAUAAACAUUUUACUUUAUGUAAUUUUAAUAAGUUAAUUUUGUAAGUUCUGCAAUUUCCUUUAUGAAGCAAUAAAAAUAUAAUAGAAAACAUUCUGGAAAUUCAGCUCUAAAAAUUUUUCUUUCUUUCUGGUUCAGUGAAUUAAUAUAUUAAUAUUUACAUAAUAUUGUGUUUGUUUUAGGAAGUAUUAGAAAAUACUUGCUUCUAUUCUUUUCAUUUAUACCCUUUUUAAAAAUGUUUCUUUUUCUUUUGAAAAUGUUUUGUAGCCCAAUUUAUUAUAAUUUUGAGAAUUGUGACUAAAAAUAAGAGUUAAACCAAUCAUCACGCAUUGAGAAUCUUUACAUGUCAAAAGAACUGACAGUCAUCUCAUAAAUACAUUCCCUUUGAGCCCUUUGCAUGAAAUUUAGCUGGCAACUUCAGACUAAACUAAAUGUAAUUGUAAAAGUAUUACAUACUGCAGAUGUCUGAAAAUGUGUAUUGGUUUACCAGUCAACUUUUGAAAGUCAGCUCAGUGAAAUCUAUCUAAUAUAAAUAUAUCAAUGACUCUUGCCUUUUUCCACAUAUUGAUUUUUUGCAUGGUCUUAUUUUCCUUUUCUUGAUAAAUUACAACACUUUGGAUUUGAUUUUCCACAAAAGUGGCUCCUGAUUAUAGAAAACUUUUUUUUAUAUGAGCAACUAACACACACAUUCUGGUGAGGGUCUGAGAUUACUCUCUUAUGACCCCGGCUAGUACAUUGGCAAUCAACUCCAUCUGUUGGGCUGGGCCAUAUAACAUUUUCCUCACGUAGGGUUCUCCAGCCACCCAUGGGCCAUAUAACAUUUUCCUCACGUAGGGUUCUCCAGCCACCCAUGGCCUCUCCUGAAUUAUCCAGUGAGGGACAUCUGGUGAACAGAUGCGCUUAAGUUUCUGGGACCAGGCAACAUUGCCGGCAGGUAGAGUCCAUGUUAUGGUAUAGUCUGUUUAAAUAUGUACUGAUGGGACAAUGCUCAGUGUGCAUCUGUGUCACUAGACUCAUCUGCCUGUGACCUAACCCCCAACAAGGGUCUUGCCUGCUAGGAGAUGCCAUGUUAGUUUAACUCCUCUGGCUGUUGUGUUGUCAGCCCACUGCCUGUAUCACAUUGUGGUAAAAUGGUCUGUCAACCAGUUUUUUUUAUACCUAAAUAAGGUACUUGUACAUCCAGCUGAGCCUGGGCAGCCCCAGUUUUUGUCAGAGUGUCUGUUUUUUCAUGGCCACUGAUUGUUACUGUUCUUCCUCUUUCACUGAUCUUGCCAACAUCAUCUAUGAUGGCGCCAACUAACUGAGUGGUACCCAUCCCCUUACUCAAAAUUAAAAAGAGCAAGCUGUGUUUUGUCACUGCUGUGACCGUCUAGGCCAAAAGUAUCUUAGGACGUAAAGGUUCCUCAUUCUGCUGAUUGGCUAGGAUAUGGAUCAGACUUUCUCUAUUGCAGGGAAGGUCGACUGUCUUCUCAAGUUUUUCAACUUGAUGUAUGAAAGACAAUCGUUUCAUUUGCUUCCCCAUACCCAGUUAUUUUGCAUUUGAAAUAAUGAUUCCUUCCUGUAACUCAUGAACCCAUUUGUGCAAAUGCAAAAAUAAUCCAUUUAUAAAAAUAGAUUAACAAAUUAAAUUCAUUAGCUUAAAUCCUCAUUGACUUGUUUAGUUCUUGACUGGUUGUUUAUCUUAACAACAUUUAUCUGUGAACUUUUAAUCAGUUGGGCUUGUGUUAUGCUAAUUUUCUCUUGGUUUUAAAGCUAUUUCCUCAUGCUAGUUAAGAAUAUUUCAUUAUGAUUACUUUAUUCACCAUACUUUAUAUUAACAUAUUUUUGCCUUUUUGAGCUAUUUAUUGCCAAAUAUUAUUAACAUAUGUUAUUAGAAAAUGCUUUAAUUUUUUUUAAUAACUUGGAUAAUUUGAAAAUUGCUACAUUUUGCCUGGUUUAAUCUGGCUAUCAGAAUUAAUUUACCAUACAAAACAGUGUAAUUACCAAGGAAUGUUAAAAAAAAUACAAAUGAAAUUUGAUUCUACAUCAACUUUUGAUUUUCCUAAAGAAUGAAUUUUUAUCUAUUAAUAAUACAAAAUUUUAUAAUAAAUAUUGGAAUAAUUAGGCUUGCAAUUAUUUUUCUGUUGACUAAAAUAGUUUUUCACUUUUUAAAUUUAACUUUUCCUCAUUAUUUAAAGGGAAAUGAGACAACUUCAUUUCAAAUGAUUUUUGUAUCGGGCUACAAAAAUGGAGAGGAAUUUUCUACAAAUAGUUAUGAUAGUAAGUAUAUUUUAAAUGACUAUUUAAUAUUAAAUUUAAGUAUUGUACUUGGUUUUUUUUUGAAUGAGGGAAUUUACUGAACUCAUUUGUACAUCAAGUAUUUUAGUAGUAUUUUGUGUAUGCUUGUACACCAGGACUUUCAAUCUUAAAUGUUUGCAGUCUAUAGAUAGAAUUCAUUAUUCCAUAUGAGCAUUUCUAGGAAAUAUAAACAUAAAUACUUAUCAAUUAGAGGGCAUAAAAUGUCUCAUGGAUUCAUUUAUAAUUUCAUGUCUGUGCAACAAUGUAAAAAUGUACAUUUAUUGUCCAAGACAAUAUUUUACUACUCACUGUUUUAGUAGUAAGCUUUAAAACUGAAUUCUGAUACAUUUAUAUUUAUCUUUAGUGCAUGAUUGACAAAAAUUGCCUAUAAAAUUAUUUUAAACUUUAUUGUCAAUUGAUAGUCAUUGAUCUUCUUUGAAAAACAAAAUCUGAUAAAUCAUCUUGAUGUUUUUAAUUUUAAAAUUACAUACUUACAAAAAAAUUUCCCCAGGUUCAGAAAGUUCGUAUGCCUUAAUGAUUUAUAGAAAAGAUAAAAUGAAUUGGAUUUACAAAAGAAAUCGUGUGAUUCAAUUCGGCUACACCACCGCAGGAGGAAGAUUCUUGAAUAUGACUUCAGAAACAGAUAACCUUAUACACACUCUUCCUGAACAGGCUUUGGAAGACACUGGUAAUCUAUUUUUAGAUAUGUAGUACAAUGAAUGAUGGACAAGGUGUUUUCCAUUACUUCCAUUUCUUAGCUACACAGAUAUUGGGUUUGUUUAUAUUUUAGUGUUUUUUUUAAAAAGACAAACUUUCAUCACUGUGAACUAAUUAUUUUUGUUAAUAGUUCUAGUUAAAAAGCUUACAGCUCUCUCCAUUAUGAGAAUAGUGACCAUUAUAAGAAUUGUAUUUAAAUAAUGUGUAAUCAACAGGUGAUGGAACUGUUCUUAAAUGAAUCUUUAAUUAAGCCGCUUUUUUAUAUUGUUAGAAUGACUACAGUAAUAAGUACCACUGAAUGAAGAAUUCAAUAGGUAAUCCAUCUAACAGACAAUUUUUUUAGAAAUCACAACUUCUUUUUGGGACUAAUUAUUUGGCCGAUUGCCCUACUGAAAAUCCAGUAUAUAUAUAUAUAUAUAUAUAUAUAUAUAUAUAUAUAUAUAUAUAUAUAUAUAUAUAUAUAUAUAUAUAUAUAUAUAUAUAUAUAUAUAUAUAUAUAAAUAUAUUUAUAUAUAUAUAUAUAUAUAUAUAUAUACCCUGUAGACAAAAAAUAAAUGUUCUCUUUUUUCCCUUUUUUAAAUAAAUUCAAAGAAAUGUAUGUUUUAUAGAAACUUUUCCAUGUUUGAACAAAGUAUAAUAAAUACAUUAUCGGCAACACAGGGGAGGGGAGCAGUGUUACCUAACAUUUACACCUCAUGCCCUACCUGAGCAUCUAGAGGCUAGAUAGGAUUAAUGUCCCCAAACCCCUAUCAGUAAGAAGAGCUUAAAAUAUGGUCCAUGUUGACACCAGGAAUAUGGAAUUAAUCCACAACAUUUAGGGCUCGAGAUUGUUGUAAAAAAAAGUUGCAAUAAGUUUUAUAAUGUCCCCAUCUAUGAGCAUCUGUUAUCUCAGGCAUAUUAAUCAGCUAUUGGCCAAUUUACAUAUCACUGCAGACCUAGAAUUAAAGAAAGAUACAGUCGUUUUCUUAGGGAAAGCUUCUCAUAUUUUAAACCAAAAUUUUUAACUUGCUUAAUAGAAAAUUUGUUUCACAAACUAGGAGCUGAAAGUGGGAACAUUAUUUGAUGAGGUUGAAAAAAAACCCAUCUUAAAACAGAUAUUAAAAUGGUACUACCAGUUUAAGCUUUUCAUGUGGGUGAAUCAGGAUCAAUAUGUCACUUGUUUAUUGAAAAGAAUUAUUGGAAAUAGUAGUAGCUUUUAUUGACCUAGCAGCCUUUUUCAGGGCUUUCAUGCCUGCACACCUAAAAGUACAAGUAAACUAGGAUAUAUAAUUGACAAUGAGGAAAUGAAUGAGGUCUCAAUGGAAAUCGUUGAGGAAAUACUUCUUUGGACAGCUUUCUGUCUAGUGAAAAAAAGUGAGGAACAGUCGAAUGGAGAGCACAGUAGAGGUUUUCCCAGAAAUUGUUCUAAUGUUGAGCUCAAUCAUCAGCUGGGAUUAUUACCUUAAAACAUGGUUCUUAAUCCAUGCUCCGCGGAACACUGGUGGUCUGCAAAGCCACUUUAAGUGUUACGCAAAAAAGUUACACAAAAUUAAACAUUGUUGAAAAAUAAAACUCAAUACAUUGUAAAAUCAUUUUUUUGUAUGGCAUUGUAAUCAGCAAACGCAAUUGUCAGUAAAUUUUUUGGUCUAUUUGCUCAUUGGUGUGCCUCUGCAGUUCACAUAUAAAUUAUGAGCAGCCAAUGUGGUUUAUUUCAUUAUUUCCAGUAAUCAUAUCGAUUUGAUUUUUUAAAUUAAAUAAAUUUACGUAGGUAUUUCUUUGGACCAAUUGGCUCAAGAUUGGUGUAUCGAGGCACUGCCAAAGUUUAAAGUUACUUGAGACUUGGUGCAUUGUUAACAAACUGGCUUGUUGUGCUAAAAUAAUACACUGCUUUUGCUUACUUUAAUACUGGCAAUACAAGUAUGCAAGGAAACACCAAAAUUUUCUUUCAUAGAUUGACAAAUUAUUCUCAAUAAAAAAACAACUUAACCAAUGGAAGAGACAAGUAAGUGAAAAAAACACUGGCAUUUUCCCUUCUGUGCAGGAAACAAAUGAUGUAAUCAUUUCUUUAAUAAUUGAGCAUGUAAGUAAUGUAACAACAGCUGAAGAAAUGUUGAAAAAUACUUUCCAUAGCUUAACACUCAACAAUUUAUAGGAGAAGAACUCUGUUUCUUCCGACUUCUCAAGUUUUAUUCUCCAUGAAGAAGAACUGACGUUAUUCACUUCAGAUCUUGGGUUCAAACUGAAGUGCAUUGAAAAUACUCCUGAACAAUUUUGGAUCUCUGUUAAGGAUAAAUACCUGGGUCUAGCAAAUAAAGCAUUUCACACAUUAUAUUAUUUUUCAUGACAUUUCUUUUAACGAAACAGAAUGUUCAACAAUAGUUAAUAUGAUAGUUAACAAGAGAGCCUGGGAAAUUUAGAAGAGGAGAUGCAAGUGUUUUUAUCAUUUUUUGGUUCCAAUUUUGAUGAAAACUGCAAUGAUCAUCCAGCUCAUGUAUCACAUUGAGUCUUAUAAUUUUAAGUAAUUUUUAAAUGAAUAUAUUUGCAUUCAUCAAUAUCAGCAUUUUGAAAUUUUAUAAAAGUGACACUUUAAGCUUUAAUCAGGGUUGCCUUUUUGAAAUCAAUGGCGCAAUAUGUUUAUGAAAAUAACAUAAUAAUGUUUUGAAGUGUUCCACUAAAAACAAGAGUUUAGUGUUCCCUGACUUAGAGAAAAUUGAGAACCACUGGUCUUAAAGACAGCACCUGGAAACUGUUGAGUAUUCCAAGCACGGAUCUGACUAUCAAGCCACAUUGACACUCACCAUGACAUCCACUCCCCCACCCCCCUCCACCGGAUGACAAGAUGGUCCUUCUUGAUCUUGAUGGACAAACAAUAAGAAUAUGAAAUAACUAAUAAAAUAAUUUAUGCUACAUCGACAUUCUAGCCUCCACCAUGAAGGGCAGAGGAGAAUAUUCUUCCAGGAAUUUUAAAAGGAUGCGUGAACAAAUUUAUAUCACUCAGAAUAUCCUCUUAUUCAGAAACUUAGUUUUAAGAAUUUCUAUCUUAAGUAUUAUGAGUCCAAAAACUUAUGAACAUUUUCUACAAUAAAUCCCUCUCUCGUAAUACACAAGAAAUAACUCAUUACACAAAGUUGGCAGCAAAAUAUAGUUUAACUUAAUUCAUAAUGUACUAAAAUGUAGGCUGACUAUAUGUAUUCAAUUAUGCAGAAGUGACAUUGAAGUAGUUUUACAAGCUAAGAGAUUAACAUGUGUUUUUGUAAUGCAUUUUUUUUUUAAAUUUUCUACUUUAAUGUCUGUCUGUUAAAGGCUUGAAAGGAGUUUGGGCCUAUCAAGUCGGAAGUGUAUCAAGUGCAGCCCAGAAAUGCCAGAGAUAUACAUGUCAUCACUCAGCUUUGAUAUCCAAUGCAAAAUACCAAAGGGACAUCAAUGAGUUGCACAGAUGCCCAUGUAGUGAUGAUAGACUAGGCAGACAGUGGGAAUAUUUAUCAUAUAAGUUGACAGAGUACCAUUAUUACAUCUUUAGAAAUGUUGCAAAGAAAAUACUGUUUCCAAACAAUGCCAGAAAUAGGGUGAGUAUAUGAAUGCUCUUGGGUUAGUUGUAUGACAAGGUCACUUCAAGUUGCUUGUCAGUUAUGAUGGUUUCUCUCCUCCACCCUUACUACUCUAUGACCUUUCAAACCCAAGUGUCCAACUGUUAGUCAUGUGGAAUUUCUAAAAUUAAAAACUUUCAUUAAUAAUGGGAAUAUGAAACAAUGUAUAGUAUUCUGUUAGAAUUUAAGAAGAUGCCUGGAUCAUUUUAAAAAUUUCUGGGGACUUAAACAUUUUUUUUUAAAAACUUAAUUUCUAUAUUUGUAGCGUCUCAAAAGUAUAAUCACUUGGUGGGGCUAAGCAAAUUUUUUUUAAACUAUGAUAAAAAAUAUAUAUAUACUGGACUAUUGGACAUAACAAGAAUAGAAAUUAUUUUCUCAUGUCACUAUAUUUUUAAUGUAACAAAAAAUAUUGUCCGCCAACCAGAUAUGCUCAUACAGUUCGACAUAUACAUGGACAGAGGAAAAAGGAUUUCAUAUAACAAGCAGUUAUCAUGUUGGUUACAGUCUAAUCUCAUCUCACCGAUCCUCUAAAGAAAAUGAGUUAAAUUUAAAGGCACAUGACUGGUGCUGUUUGGAAUCCAAUAAGAUAGCAUUGUGUGAGACAUUUUACUCUAUAUUUCCAAACAUGGGGUGCUCUAAUAUAGUUCCAUAUAUUUCUGGUAAGUUUAUUUUUGUGUGAAAAUAUCUAAUGUUUUGUUAAAACUCUAAGAAGAUUGUCCUUAGUUAAAACAUCUAGAAUUUUAUAAGCUUAUUAAACAAUUAUGUCCGUACUUAAAAUUUUCAUAUAGUUUAAUUCUCAUUGGUGUACCUCAAUAUAAUAUAUAUUGGGGAUUGGAUGGCCGAAUGGUCUAAACUGAGCAAACCUCAAUUUGGUGGUUUGGAAUUCAAUUCCCUCCAAAGGCCAGUCAAGCAUCUAAGAGAAGGAAACCCUAAAUUCAAACCCGGAGUUGGAGUUCCGAAAGGCGCAUACAAUGACAAUUCCUGCAACCGUACCCAUCCCUGGUCGUCUUGUUAUAGAGCCUUGCCACUGGAUAUGGUGUUCCCGGACUUGAGAGUGAACACUCUCACUUUAAACAAAAGUCACUCGCACAAGAUCAGUCACCAGAUGACUUGAUGGUCCUCGUCGAUCUUUGUCGGACGAACAAUAAAAAAAAUAUAUAUUGGGGAGUAAAUAAAUAGUGAAAAAAGAUAUAUUUUGGCUUGAAAAAAAAGGCAGGACAAUUAAAAAAAUGUUUUGGCUAUAUUCCUUCUUCAGCAGACAGUAGAAUACAAGUCUUGUAUUUGAGUAAGUAGUUUAGUUCCCUUCACCCAUAUCUAAUAAUUUCUGCUGUGAUGUGUUCCCCAGAGGAUUUAUUCAGGAAUUGUCUUUUUCCCAAGAGGUUAUUUGAGAGUCUGGCCUUCAAUGACUUGGUAGCCAUCUUUCUCUUGUCAAUUAUCUACAUUUAGUACCACUUCUACAGUAAAUUACUAUUUACUUUAAUUCAUUCUCCAUCUAAGCUAACACACAUGGUUGAUUUCUGGCUUUUUAUCCAUUUUGUCAGAAAACAAAUACAUUCCAAUUUUACCUCAAUUUUAAAGUUUUCUGUCUCUUUUAGUUAUGCCUUGUCACAAUUUCUGCUUUUCUUCCUGCACAUUUGUGUAACUCUUCUUCAUCAUUGCAUAUUUCUCAAGUAUUUCUGGUAUUUCUUAGUAACGCCAACAUUCAGGCUUUGAUAAUUUCUGCUAUAAUCUCUCUGUAUCCAUUGUCAAACAAUGCUACUCUAGGGUUAGUUUGUUUAAACCAUAUUACUCCUUCUGCUGAACUUACUACAUGAUUGAUCCUAUCACACAGUUUGUGUUGUUUUCCUUGUUUUUCACCCAUUUGAUUUAUACAAUGGUUUAACUCCCCCUUUGAAAGCUUUUGCAAUUAUUAUAUGGGUCUUUGAAUAUUUUAGCUAAUAUAUAAUUUCUGUUUAGGUUUUGGAGACUCAUACAUAUCUUUAACUUUUACAAGUAGAUCAUCUUACUCUGCAUCUUCCCCUCGACUUACUUCUAAUAUGUCUCCAUUAAUUAAGAAAAUUGUCAGCAAACAGCCCGCGGGCCAAACCACCGCAUUGGUUUAUUUGCCUGAGAAGUAGCUUUUGAUUUUUAAGUCACAAAGAUUAAGCGUCUUUGCAUAGUUUAAAAUGAUAGUUUAAAACGAUGGCUGUUUAAAGUAUUGGCUGUUUGAAGUGUUGGCUGUUUGAAGUGUUAGCUGUUUAAAGUGUUGGCUGUUUAAACUGUUCGCUGUUAAAGUGUUGGCUGUUUAAAGUGUUGGCUGUUUAAAGUGUUGGCUGUUUCAUGCUUAAAGUUUCUAAAUGGCACAAUUUAUUACGGAUUGUGUGUAAAAUAUCUUGAUUAUUCUCUCACAUGUAAAAUGUGGUUUCAACAGUGAACUCUAUUUUCUCACUUGGCCUCAAUGAUCAUCAGUUGUUCUAAUAUUUAACAAAAUUAAAAGUAGAAUAUAGCAACCUUCCCUCCCAUACUUAAUGUCAGGUGAUCAGUUGUGAGUAGCUUGAGUUGCAUAUUUUUUGAAGUAACACCUGAGAUUUUAUUGACUGACAAGAACCAUCCUCACAUGUUACUUUCAAAACAAGUAUCGUUCUGGAAAGUAGCCUUUGCUGAAAAUUUGACCCAUCUCUUCAAAGUAGAUUUAUAUAAUCUGUCAUACACUAAAAGGGCUACAUAAAAACAAUAUGUUUCUGGGUAAUCAAAAGCAUAAUGCCUUUUGUGAUCACCUGUUUUCAUCUAAGGUUGUGCAAAACACAGUGAAUGUGUUCAGAUUUUUAUAUGGCUCACCCCUUAUGUUUGAGAUUUAAGGGACACAAGGGAGGUCAGUUCAGCUGUACCUGUGGAUUAAGAUACUGGUCAAGGGAUCAGUGGUCAUAUCAUUCAUUUAGAAACUAAUCACAUAACUGAAUUUUUAACUUGUAAUUUUUGCUAUACUUUAAAAAGAAAAACAGGGGGGCUUGUCUGAGGAAGGUUUCUUUUUUUCAAAUGUGCUUUGGUCGAAGAUCCCCUUUAAAGUGUUAAAUAUGAUUUAAAAUUAAAUCGUUAAGUCCAUUUCAAUAUAUUCACUUAGGCAAUUAUGUGGAACUAACAAACAACCUACCAACAAUAAAUCACAAACAAACCUUACCUUUACAUUUAUAUUGAUAGAUGUUCAUAAAACUUCAUUUUUAAUAACUUUCAUUUAUCAAUUAACACGUCAGCAAAAAAUCUAGCUGAGUUACUCCUUUCCUAUUCCUGGGAAGAGUCUCUGGUAUUAGGUCCAAGAGCUUUUAAGUCAUGUAUUGUAUGUCAUUCCCUCUGAGGACAAAAUUUAUAAAGCUGCAUGUGAAGAGUUGGAAAACUGUUUAGUGGUCAGCAUUCUAAGCAAGGAAAGGCAGUUAUUUAUUGCAACAGCACAUUACUGAUUUAUGCAUCAUAUUUCUGUUCAGACACUUAUCCCUAAUUGCAAUGCUUUUGGAAUCAUAUUGCAUUAUUUAAGAAAUAGCAAUUGUUGUCCCAUUCUUAAAAAAUUCCAUAGAUUGUUUAAUAUAAUUUAACUAUUAAACCAAACGUGACUCUAUUGACAUUUAAACUUGUAUUAUACUUUUAAUCAAAAUGAGAAAUACGUUUUUUUUAUUUAAUUAUAACGUGUCAAAAAAUAUUCAUUUGAUUUGUUUCUAAAGCUUUAGCUGUUGGAGAUCCUCAUUUUACAACUCUUGACAAUAUGUCAUUCACUAUGAAUGGGUGGGGAGAGUAUAUACUAAUGGAUGUCCAGUCAAGAAACUUCAUGUUACAGGUAACUAAUUAGUGAAUAGCAAGGGCUCUUAACCUUUUUUGCAGUGUGACAUCCCUUCUUCAUUUCUGAUUCCUGCACCACCAUGAUAACAAAUAAAAAUUCAAUAGGAACCUGCUUUUCUGGGUGUUCCCACAUCCGCCUACAUUCCCUCAGGCACCCAUGGGUAUUCAUGCACCCCUGGUAAGCGCUCAUGGGGAUGUGGAACGCUUGGGUAAUGGGCUAUAUAAAACCACAUUAAUAAUAAGAAUAAUAAUGUGCCUGUCAUGUCUGAGCAAUAUUAUGUUCAUAUUUUGAUUGAUAUUCUGGACUGGGUGAUAAUAAUCCACUCAAUAAUUAUUAAAAUGGGAUAAAACAUGAAGGCCCAAGAGAUUAGAUUAUGGUACCGAGGGAAUUAAGGAGGGAAAUGCCCAGAAAAAAAAGUAAAGAACUUGUCUAAACUAUCUACCAUUAAUUAUAUUUUAAGAGCCGCACAGAUCUAGUGGAAAAUGAAAAUGGCACAGUCACUAACGCCACUGCAUUUGUAGCUUUUGCUGCCAAGGAAGGCAGUGCCCCAACCUUUCAGGUUAAUUUAUCACCAGAUAAAACCAGUAAGUAGAAAGCCAGGUACAUUUAUUUUUUUGCCGUCUUGUGUUCUCAAAGCUUCAGUCAUUUAUGAUAUUAAACAAUUUAAUUAAAUUAGAAUGUUAAUUUUGUUAGAAAUAGUUAUCAGCGUAACAAGAAGAAGAAUUAAAAAAAAAAAACUAUUCAAAAAGAAUGUUACUUUUGCUAACAAUGUAUAUCUUAUAAAAUUUGUACAAGGACCAGUUAAAAUAGUAAUAACUGCCUUGAGCACAAAAGUGACAAUGUUUUUUUAUCAGAUAUGUUUAUUGCAGUGGGCAAACACACAGAUUUGUUUUUCUGAAAGUUUUUUUUUGUCUAAAGCAAUGGUGAUUAUGGCCAAUGAAAGUGACAUAACUAAAGAUUUCUAUGGCUCGCCAAACUACUCAAUGAUCACAGACAACAUUGAUGUCAGAAGAGACAAUACACUAAAUAGGACACAAAUUAUUGCAGUUUUUGCAUGCGGUAAGAUAUUUAAAGAUUUUUUCAAUACCGCAUUAAAUUGUUAGGCUUUUUAAUGUUAAAAUUUAAUUUCUGUGAUGAAAAAUUAAAAUUAUUUCAAAUUUAAAAGUAGAAGAUAAUAAUUUUCAAUGUGAACAAGUAUAUUCCAUCUAAUUUUCUUACGCAGGCAUAGCUCUUGUCAUUGAAGUAGGGGUUGAGAAUUUGAAAGUUGAAAUAGAGAUUGACAAGUCACUGAAGAAUUCGACCAGAGGACUGCUUGGCAAUUUUAACGGAAAUCCAUUUGAUGAUUUUAAACUGCCGAAUGGAACAGUUUUGUCUCCUAAUAUAACUGAAGAGGAGAUUUUUCACUUAUUUGCAUCCUGUUGUUAGUAAUUUAAAUGGGACAGUUUUUUUUGAUAAUAUAACUGAAGAAGAUUUUUUUUUACUAAUUUGCAUUAUCUUGUAAUUUAAUGUUAUAUUGAAAUAUUUAUUUUGUUAACAUUAUUUUGAAAUAUUUAUAUUUUCUGUGUACUUUUGCAUUUAGUUCAAAUCUAGUCUUUUAACUCUCAAACUCAUGUUGACUUUUCAAUAAACAUAAUUGAAGAAAUAUAACAUGAAUUUUACCUCCUCUUUAAAAUAAAAAAAUAUAUAUUUUAAAAUUAUUUGCCAAUUGUACUCUUUUAAAAAGAAGACAAAAAAAUGAUAAAAAUUCUAAAAUUUCAAUAUGUUUAAAGUUUCUGAAAACAUUUUAAAAGUACCAUAAAUAAUAUAUAUGUUCUUAAAAAUGCUUGGAAUUUUUGUUUUGUAAAAUUGGACACCUUUGAUGGUAAUAAUAAAGAUUUGUACUUAGGAAAAAUAGUACAAUUUCUUUUUAAAUUAUAUUUUGAAUGAUUCAAUUCGAAAUCUUGUAAAAAAAUUUGCAGAAAUGAUAAAAAAUUAGCAAAAUGUGUUCUGUACAAAACCUGUAGGGAAAUUAAUUGAAUUUUUGCUUGCAUACAGAGCUUUACUUAUAGGCUCUUGAAAUGAAAGCAAACAAUAUAUUGUAAAAUAUUUUUUCAGAUCGAGUGACGGAGGAAAACACAAUAUUUAUCUAUGAUGCUGGGAAAUCAUAUUCUGAUUAUCAGCACCCUGACUUUACACCAACUUUCAGCAGUAGUUUUACAACAUCACAAAUAAAUGAUGCGGCAGAGCUGUGUGGAUUUACUAGUCACGACUGCAUCUUUGACCUGCUCAUUACAGGAAAUAAAACUGUUGCUCUUAAUACCAAGUUUCUUAAGGAAGAGCAUGAUUGCAAAAUGGAAAAUUUAGGUAAACCAUUAAUUUAUUUUUUUCUGCAGUAUUAAAACCACUGACCAAAAUAAACCAAGUGAAGCUCAAUUCUUAACUAGCAUAUUAGCAGUCAUUCAUAGUGUUUAAAUCCAUUUUGAGAGAUUUUUUCAUUAAGAAAAUAAUAAGAUGAGACCAAAGCCUAAAUCUGCUUCAGCAAAGUGGUUAUCAACUGAUAGAAGGCCUUGCCACAGAUGAGCUAAAUGAGCACAGUCUCAUGCAAAGUGUUGUUUCUUGAUCAAGCUUAUUCCCUUGUCCUUGUUUUGAAUGGCAAACCUCAGAGGUUAAAACUAUUCCUGUCAAAUAUGAAUAUUAUUUCUUUAUGGGUCUCUCUUUUAGAGAAUAGUACUGGAAGUAAAAAUAAAUACUUUAUUGAAGCCGUUGCCAAUAGGGAAUGUUUCAAAAUGUACACCAUCAUGUUUAUGAUUGUCGUGGAGCUGCUCAAAUAUUGCAAGGUACUAUUGUGGGCUUUUCAGUCUGGAGAUAUUCAAUAAACUAUGACCAUAGCCAAUGACCCUGUCGAAGGCUUUGAUAAGGGUGAUGAACAUUGCUAUGUUCCCUUCACUCUCUUGUGUUUUUUUAUUUUUUGGAGAACAAAUAUGUCCUGUUCCAUGGUUUUCUUUGAAGCCACGCUGACUUUAUGGAAGUUUCUUCUGCAAAAGUUAAUUCAGUUUGUUUAAAAGAACUUUAUAGAUGAAGCCUAGUGUCCCUAAAAGUUGAGCAGUUAAGAGAUGUAUACCAGUUGUUCACGUAGCAAAUAUAUUAACAAAUUCCGAAGAUCUUGGGAAAAGACAACCUGUCCAAGCAUAUUGUGAAGAGAUGUUAUCCUGAAAGAACAUCUACAUUCAGUUGGACACCUCAUCAGAGAGGCCAUGAGAACCUUGUGUCUCUUGAUUUAAUUAACAGCCAUUUGAAACUUUUCUUAAAUUACGGGUGGAGGCAGUGGUUUACACCUUUUUUACUGUUAGUUUUUCUCUCCAGGUCUUAAUCUUUGGGUUGUUGCACUAAUUUUCUUUUUAACUCUAGUAACCUUAGCUCUUGGACCCUGUGCUACUUGGAUCAAGAAAUUAUAUCAUUGCCCAUUGGUGUGUCCAAAUGCACUCAUUAAAGUCUCCUAAUCUAGUAAAACACCCUCUGGACGGUGUAUGAAACAUGUGAAUGAAUAAUGAUUUUAAAAUUGGAAUCUCUUCUGUAAUAUCUGAUUCAUAAACUGUAGUAUAUGAUUCAUAAACUGUAUUAUCUGGUUCAUAAACUUUAGUAUUUGAUUCAUAAACUGUAGUAUCUGAUUCAUAAACUGUAGUAUCUGGUUCAAAAACUGUAUUAUUUGUUUCAUUAACUGUAGUAUCUGAUUCACAAACUAUAAUAUCUGAUUCAUAAACCCUAGUAUCUGGUUCAUACACUCUAGUAUUUGGUUCAUUAACUGUUACUACGUAGAGAAAUUAAAAUGUUCUUUUCCUUUUCAGCCAAUAGUUUACCGGAAGUAAAGAUACUCAAUGAUAGCAAUAUUUUUAAAAAACGAUGGUUGGUUCUGGAGAACCAGGUCAACAUGUUAAAUUUGGAAGCUACUGAUGAAGAUGGUGAUAUUACAACAAUGGAAUUGCUGUACAACAAAACGUAUAACAUGAAAUUACAUGGAAAUGGAACUCUGAUUUACACACCGAAUAGUCAAGAGCCUGUCUCAAUAGGGUGUGUACAUUAGUAAAAUAAUUAAGACCUUUAUUUAUUUUGAUCAAACAUUUAGUAUAAUAAAUUUGAAGAACCUGCCCUGAUAGGGUGUGUACAUUUGGUAAUAAAUUGAAGACCCUCUAUUUAUUAUGAUUGAAGGCUUAGUGUAAUUAAAUUUAAAAACACUUGAACUAUUUUGAUUGAACAUUCAGUAGCAUCAUUAUAUUUGCUUACCAGGAUCCAAGCAAAGGAUAGUAAAAAUGCCUUCUCUGCCAUAAUGUACAUUCCAAUCACAGUCUGCCCAAUAUGCAAUGGACAUGGUUUUUACAAUGAAAAUAUUGUCAGUGAAAGGGAAUAUCUAAAUGGCCAGUUUAUAAUAUUGAAAUGCCUGUGUCUUCCUGCUUAUACUGGUGAGUAUAAUUUUGCACUGCUUGUUAUUAAGUUUUUAAAAAAAAGAAUCUUUGAACGAUUUUAGAAUUGAUCAUUCACUUUUCCCUAAUUGUCUCUUAAGUCCAGUGUCCUUAAAAAAAAAAUGUCUUGCCUAUUUAACUUCUUAAUUUACACUUUGUUUAAAUAGUGAUUUCUCAUUUGGUACAAAAUCGUAACAACAUUCCAGUAUUUAAUUAUAUAGAAGCAUUGCAAGAUUUGUUCACUUUAUAAGACACACAAAAUUGAUAAGGCAAGAUAUGGACACAAUUUAAUGUCAUAAGUCCUUUUCAUUUUGAUGUAUAAUUAGCUUGUUUAAAAUUUAAACUUAUUACUUUUAGGAGAAAACUGUGAAAUUGAGCUGGAUGCUUGUCAGACUUAUCCCUGUUCCAAGGGACAGAACUGCACAGAUCUAACAGCUGAGGAACAAGGCAACAUGACCAUGGGGUACAGCUGUGGACCUUGUCCCAAGGGUUUUGUUGACAAUGAUAUGAAUUGCUUUGGUAAGAAGAUGUAAUUAAACUUGUGUAAAAUUGUUGGUAAAUGUUUUAAAAAAUCAUGAAGUUUUGACUCCAUGCUUAAUAUCUUUGCUAAAGAUACUAAACCUGUAACCUUUAAGUUAGGUUAAUGAAAUACAAUUUGUGUAAAAAAAAAGAAAAUAUAUAUGUAGCUUUGAUUAUGGUUACACAAAAGACAAAUUUAAACUUUUCGGCAAAUGCCUUCAUUUACUCAACAACAACAAAAUAAACAUAUAUAUAUAUUAUAUAUAUAAAUAUAUAUUUACAUAUAUAAAUAUAUAUAUAUAUAUAUAUAUAUAUAUAUAUACACAGUAUAUUUAUAUCCAAAAUGUGCAACUGAACGGUUGCUAGACUACUGUUAAGAUGAACAUCCACUCACUACAAAAUUUUCGCUUAUUCUGAUCAAAGCAAGAACGCUCUCAGGGAGCCAAUCUUUUGGCAAGGCUGCAUAUUAGGGAACUUGAUGUGUACUUUCUCUGGCAGAGCCAUUAUAAAAUAUUUUAACCUAAAAUUCUCUCUCUGGCUGGAUUUAAUUGUACUCCUGUCAAGAUCUCUCAGGCCUGAUAUAAUUGUACAAUGGGCCUGAUGUGGCUCGCGGGCCUUGAGCUUGACACAUGUGCCUUAGAGUUUCCAGUACACAGAUUUUAUGACUAAAUGUUUCACAUACAUAAAAUUUGGAGUUUCUAAAACAGUUCCUUUGGACAGGCAACACAGCAUGCAGCCAAGACCUGAAUACCGCCUAUCAUUACUUACUCUGCAUCCCCCAAAACUUUUUUUUUUUUUUUUUUUGAAGAUUAAUAAUUUAUACAACUUGAAAAUUAUAUUCCCUUAUUAAAUAUUUUCCCUAGUUUUUAGAAUUAUUACAGGACGAAAAUAUAUAAACACUUAUUGAAUUGUUGUGAAAGGUCUGACAAGUUCCCUACUUAAUUUUAGUGGCUAAAAAGAUAAAGGAAAUAAAUUCUUUAUAGUUAUUUGUGAAGUUGUUUUUUUCCCCCGGAAAAAUAAAAACGGAUGUAAUUUUAAAAAUAAAAAAUAUAAAAUCAAUUUGAAAUCAAAAGUCUGAAAAUAUAAUAUGGAAGAAAAUGAAAUAUUUAAAGUAACACUGCAAGCUGUUAAAAGUUAAAUGACACCAAGUGGAAGAUUUUUAAUGAAUUUAUAAAAAAAUUCCUUAUUUUAUCAAGCCACCUAAUGGGGAUCUGUAAUCUGUGAUGAACCAGCCAUAGCAGCUUUUUAGUUAAGUUUGAGAUUAGUGAUGUUUUGUGAUCUAUUGACCUGCCUCUUUUUAACAAUUUUUUUUAAUGAAUACCUCUUAUGAGAAUCAUACUUAGGCUUAGUUCCCAAGAGAUGAGAAAGAUUGUUGUAAGUAUUUACAAUUUAGGUUACUUCUUAGGCCCGUAGGAACUAAAAAUAACAGAUGCGCUGCCAUUGUCAUUGGUCAGGUACAUUUCUUACAGUAGAGAUCUUUGAUGUGAUACAUUUAAAUACAUUUAGUGUUAACAAAUCGACUUUUCACCCCCAGAUAUAAAUGAAUGUCAUGAUACCAGUUUGUGUGAUCAGCUUUGCUUAAAUACAGAAGGUUCAUACUACUGUCAAUGUGCAAAUGGAUUUGUGCUUAAUGCUUCAAACAACUCAUCAUGUAUUGGUAUGUGACACUUACUGUUAUUUUACUCUAGAAAUUAUUUUUUUUUAAUUACAAAUACUAAAUGCUUAAAUUUAAAUUAGUGUUAGUAAUAUUUUUUUUAUUGAUAGUGACAGAAAUUUUAUAAAAAUUAAAUUAAAAACCAAUUUUAGUUUUUGAGAAAGCAUGUGGAUUUGUUUUGCUCUGUGUUAAUUAAAAAAAUGGAAUUGAUUUAUUAAACAUAAGACUGCCUCGGAAAUCCUUCCGUCCAGAGCAAUUUUGGUUACAACCUUUUGGAAAACAAUUUGCUCGUUUCUUUUUAUUUUAUUUCAUCAAGUUACAGGUGGUCAUAAAUUGCUGCUUUGAGAAAAGUAAACUUUAUCACAGUAUAAUGAAAAAAGUCUUAUAAAUAGGGUAAAUUCAUGUUUAAACUCAAUUUUCAGUAUCACAUAAUUCUUCAUAACAAGAUGUUAUGCUGUGAUUGCAAAAGAAACUCAAACUUCAGGACACCAAUUAAAACAAUUUAAAUUCACUUUUUCGUCUAAUUUAGUAUAUUUUUUCAAUCAGCAGUUCCACAGGAAAUCCCUUUGUAACCCCAUUUGAGAUUUCAUCCCAUGGUUUGGUAACCCGUGCUUAAUAACUUGAUUAAUACAGGCUGUUUAUGUUUCAAACUACCUUCAUAAUAUUACAUCUAUAUUAUUUCCAAAAUCAACCUAAAAAGACAUAUACAUACAUAGACACAUGUAUUUAUUUUUUUAAAUUAGUUUACGAAACCUUGUUACCUUGUUGCAAAUUAUGAAAACAUAUUUGCCUGUAAACAUUUCAUGAGGGACUUGAAACUAGCAUAUGCUGUCUGUGAAGAAACCAAAACUCUGUGUAAAUAUUUUUUCUAAAAGCAUUAAUUUCUAACUUUUUUUAAACAUGCAUAUUUUAGCUAGAUACAAUUAUUGCACUGGCCUUAUAUAGGGCGGUAACUCAGCAUAGGGAUGGGCUCACCGAGCUUCACAGUAAAUAUUGGCAAAACAAAGCAUGACAUUGAAAUGGGUACAUACUUUAAUUUACAUAAAAAGAAUAGCUUUAAAAAAAAAUUAUUAGAUAAAAUGAUAUAAUUUACUAGGGUUAAGUAACGUCUUAUCUAGCAUCAUUUUUCAUUAGGUAAUAAAAAAAUAACAAAUGAACAAUACGGUUUAUUUAAGUUAUGUUUAUUUUAUAUUUUUUAUUAAAUUUAUAUUAUCUUAAGAAUUGCAAGGUGAGUGAGACUUUUGCCCCCUUUUCCCGGGAUAAGUGAACCCCAAGAAACUAGAAACCCUAGUAUAGUGGUCGGAAAACUCAUUAGUAAAAAAAAAACGAAAAAUCAGCAGCAGGAUGAUUUUAAAAAAAUUUGAGAUCCAAAUUUCUUUUCAAGCACCUGUCAAGAGCUAUGUUUUUUCGGAGUCAAAACCGAUUUGUGGCCGAGCAGCACUCAGGUCGCUAAAGAGCAGCAGGCGUGCCACCACCUUUGCCAACCACUGCCCUAGUACAAUUUUGUGAUAAAAAAUAUUUAUUAUUAGUGACUUCCCAAUUUUCUCCUUUGAAACUUGACACCAAAAAAUCAUGAAAGUUAUAAAACACUCAUCCAUUUGGUUUUAAAGUUUUUAGUGAGGGGCUUUGAACCAGUGAGGUAGCUAGGGAUAGUGCCGCCCAAGGGAUGGUCAAGACACCCUCGUCUCCCACUAUCCACAAAAAAGAUCUGCAUUUGGCCGCAUUGCCUCCCCUCCAUAUAAAGAAAUACUUGCCACCAGUGCAACUGCUUUGAACAACUGUUUUGAACAAGUACCACUUCAUAUAACUUGUAUUAUUAUUUAAUGUAGAUGUUGUUGGAACAAACUGCUCAACAUGUCACUGCUUCUUACAAAACACUCAUUCCUGGCUGGAGACAACUGGUCAAUGCAUUUGUAAAGAAGGAUGGACAGGCAGUGAUUGUUCUACAAAGAUUGAUAACUGCCUCAAUCACAGCUGCCCAGCUCACUUGCAAUGUCAAGAAAGAAAAGUUGGUUAUGACUGCAUUUGUUGGAAUGGCCUUAAACCUGGACCUCUAGGCACUUGUAAAGGUUAGUGAAUGUUCCUUUUUUAAUAUGUUUUGUUGCUGACUAACCUAUUCCUUUAUAUGAAAAUAUGUUCCAAUUUUUAUAUAACUAUUUAAGUAAACCAUGUGAAUGCAAUUUACAAAUUCAUUCUAAUGUAUACUUUUAAUUCCAUAUUUUAGACUGCAAUAGAACAUUGUCUAAUUCCAAUGGAUGGAUAAUGACCUCAAACUACCCACUGGACUAUGACAAUGACACAUUUUGUACUUGGACAAUCAUCAGCCCUGGACCUGAUACCACAAUUACACUCAGGUAUGAUCUUGUUUGUAUUAAUACAAUGUCACUACUAGUUUGUAUAAAUAUUAAAUUUACAUUCAGGCAAUGAAUUAUGUCACAAAAACUGCACAUUGUUUAUACGUUUCCAUGUUAGAAUUCAUAGAGCUCUAGAAAUCCUUAAGAAAACCAUGUGAAUGCAAGAGCUUGAAAAAAGUAUGUACUUUUAUAUUGAAUAUUCUUUAAAAUAAAAGCGUCGAUGAGUUAUGUUACCCUUAUUUCCUACUACAGUAUAACAGAAUAUGAAGUUGAGGGCUGUCCAAAUGAUUAUUUGAAGAUCUAUGAAGGAAACAGUACUCAGGACCAUGUUUUUGGACCAUUCUGUACUUCCGCUCCAGGUGUUCUCACUACUACAGGAGGUUCAUUGCAUGUAGUAUUUACAUCAGAUUUUUCUAUAACCAAACAAGGAUUUCGAGGUUUUUACUCUAUUAAAGGUUAGUAAACUUUCAGAGAGGGAAGAAACUUUGGGCUGUAUAUGGCAGAAAAUAAGUUUGUAUUCUAAAAAUUGCUCCCGUUCUACCUUAUGUCAGACGAGUUUGUUUUGGAUCUCAUCUCUCACUUGGUCAAUUAACUCAAACACUGAAUAUUUCAUUGUACACUAAGCAUUUAUUUCACUGUACUAAACAUCCACUUGGAACACAAUGAAGUUGAUAUUAAUAGAUAUCAUAAUUACAUCUGACAGAAAAAUAUUAUCCUCAAGAAAUAACCCCACAACGAAUCUAACCAAAAAACUAUCUGACUCUCUCCAAAAUCUCUCAUGCUCCAAAUUGUUCUCUCCUUUCAUAAAGCAAAAAUCAAUGCACCCGUCCUUCACUUCCUCGUCAACUUAACUGUCAACAUCACCAUACACAGUGCAUCACUGAUUCCAUGCCCUUGACACUUUGAAAUAAGUAAGCAAGCAAAACAAAGAAAUCCUUUUAUUGCAAACUUAUAAUAAAAGUGUUAAAACAUGUCUUAUAACUAACAGUUUAUCUUAAGAAAGGUAAACUUUUCUUGUUUUUGCAGAAGUAAGAUUCUGAUUUAUUUUGAUAACAUCCAACUCUUCUUGAAAUUGUUCUGUUUAUGGAUUUUGUAGAUCAGAAAUGCCAAACUCUAUCGCUCGGAGGGCCAAAUCUUAAAUCAAAUGUAAAGGUUGCAGGCCAAAAAGGAUAAACAUUCAAUAAGCGGAAAAAUUCUUUUUUUUUUAAAAACAUUUAUAUAAAAGAAAACAGAAGAAAAAAAUUAGUAAUUAAAAAUCAUUGGCAUACCCAUUUUCGUUCAAUGCCGAUUUUUCGGAGCCAGAUGUUUGGCACAUUUUCUUGGUCACAAAAACAAGUAACUCGUUUAUGUUGGGAGUAAUGUUCUGUGUCAUUGAGAUUCUCAUGAUGUGCUGCAAGUGUUCAAAAGUGAGAUGACUUGUGUCUGAUGUUUUGUUAAUCGUCAUCAUGGAAAAUAGCUGCUCACACAUACAUGUGCUAACAAACAUGCUCAAGGUUCAAACAACUUGUUGCUGAACCUGGAGCAUCUCUUUAGGAAUAAAUCAAGUGAACUGUGCAGGCCCCUCAGUGUCGUACUUUGCUUUUAGUGUCCCAUUUCACUGCAGAUCUAUUAGCUCCAUCUGCAAAUUUACAGGAAAAGUUUCCAUGUCUAUGACAAAUGGGUUAGAAACAGCAGGAAAUUACAUUUCUGUGCCUCAAAGUCACUGAAGCGCUGAAGUAAGUUAAGUUUUUCAGCAAAGUGUGCAUUGGGAAACAGCAUAGCAUUGACUUGGAUAUAAUAAUAGUAUGACUGUCAAGACCUCGUGGGCCUGAUUUAAUUCUACCAAGGGCUGGAUGUGGCCUAUGAGCCUUGAGCUUGACACGUGUAGAUAAAUCAACCUAACAUUCCGGCUAUUUGUUCACACAAAAUGCUUUUGUGAGGCUGAGCAUUGAAAAGUUUAUUUCAGCAUUCGCAACUGAAAUAGGGAUGCUUGCAAUAUUAAUAUUCAAAUUGCCUCAUAAACAUUUUGGAACAAAAAAAUAACCAUGGCCCAUUGAACAUAAUUUGUUGUAACGCUGGUGCUUGAUUUUUCUGUUGUUCAUCAAAAGCUGUCAGAACAUACAUUUUAUUUAUUCCAAUUCUGUUUUUGAUAUCCUGUUAUGCAGUACACAUAAGAUUGGACAGGACAUGUACUGGGGUCACAAUGAGAGAGCCACUUUGUUGUUGGUUACAUCAGUGUAUUGUAAAAUUCAACUCAUGAAGUUGUGGAAUCAGAAAUUACACUGAUCAAAAUCAUUUCUAUUAGAACAUGUUUUGUCUAACAAUGCUAACAGUUUAAACUAUCUCUAAACUAAACUUCUCUAUUUUCUUCUCAACAUUCUCAUUUAGAAUAUUUUCAAACCAUUAAAUUUUAAGGAUUUAGCACACAUUUGUUUAUGAAAAAAGACUGUAAUUUCUUGGUACAAUGUUUUGUUGUCAUUUGUUCACACCUGAAAUAAAUAACAAACUUUAUAUAAGAACUGAAUAUUUUAGCUUUGUUUUUAUUUUUAAAAAGACAUUUCUAUAUCUUAUUCCAUGUGUCAAAUACUCUGUUUCUUUUUUAUAGUUCCAGUAUAUCCAUUGGUACCACCCUCCUUACAUAUACCUGAUAAUUACCUGCACUUUCAAUUUCCAGGCACAUGUCUUGUUGAGAAAUGCUCUCACAACUGUGAAGUCAUGUCCUUCAGCCCUAGGAUAGAGAUGUGCACAUGCCCUGACUGGAUGAUACUAGACACCGAUAAUGCAUCCAGAUGUAUUGAGAUAAAUGGUAAGUGUCCUCAUAAAAAAUUAAUGAUACAAUCAAUGGGUUUUAAUUCCUCAUCUCAGGAAUGCAUUGUCAAACAAACUUGUUUAUUUGAUUCAUUAAGUAACAGCACAAAGCUUAUAUUUACAUUGUCAGUAUAUAAUGGAAAAGUGAAUAGAACGAAUUUUUUUUAGUGCUGUGCCUGAGGACUAAAUAAAUAUUUUUUAUGUUUUGUGUUGAUUUUUGCUACAAUGUCUCUAUAAAGCAUCUGAUUUUCUUGGUAAGAAUUACACUAUUCUUGGGUUAAAAUUUUUGCUGCAUUGUCUCUAAGAUAGCAUCUGACUUUCUUGGCAAUAAUCAUACUUUCCUAAUUGUAUAAAUACAGAAGUUUGCUACAAAAAAUGUAUUUCCUGUUAUCUAUUAUUAUCUUUUUUUGGUCCACUCAUUAUGUUUAAGAAACAUUUAAAUUUUGAAUGUACUUAAUCAUUCACUUUUUUAAAAAAAAUAACCCUGACAUCCUUUGAUUUUAAACCAGGCUGCAACACAAUAAUUACAUCAUCAGGACCUAUUGUUACACCUCUAUUCCCCAAAUUCUACCCAGAAAAUGUCAAGUGCUUUUGGAAUAUUUCAAAAGGCAUCAACAAGGAAAUCACUAUCAAGUAAUUUUGAAAAAAAUUAUUCAUUGCUUAGGGUUCUUCACAAUUUCAUUAUUUGCAUAAUAUUGUACAACUUAUGAUACGUCUGGGUCUUUGUUAAUAUCCUUAAAUGAAUAGAUAUUUUUCUCAUUUACUACUUUGUUUGUAGCUGUCUCCAACGAAAAAGGGAAUCACCUACAGGUGGUUGUGUACAUAAAUGUGUAAAUAAAUAGCUUUUACAUCAGAUCUGUAAUUUUCUUGAUAUUAAUUUUUAAUGUAUUUCAGCUUUUCUGACUUUGAGAUCGAGGAGCGAUGGGACUGUGGUUACGAUUCGGUGGAAUUCUUUGAUGGUCCAGAAGCAACUUCACUGGGAAAGUUUUGUGGAGGAAUGGCUCCAACCAUCACAUCAAGGAACAUUUUCCUAUUGGUAGUGUUUGUUUCAGAUGAUUCUGUUUCAGGCAGAGGCCUCAAAGGCACAGUCACAAUCACUUAGAUUGUCUUUUUAUGUCCUCUGAAGUAAGAUAAUGCUUACAUUACAAAAUACACUUUUAUGUUAUACUGCUUAUCUAUUUAGAGGUAUAUUUUUUUAAGAGCCUCAUUUUAAUAAAAAAAUAAUUUGUUUGUUACAUCCAUAGCUAAGAUUAUAUCUCUCAUUCAAAGUUUACUCAAAUUGAUUUUGAAUAAUGUUUAAUAUCUGCUUGGUUAAUUAAAUUUUAGCAAAUCAGAGUGAAGCUAAAUUAAAUUUAUUUAACCCUUUACGGUCCAAGCAGUUCCCUCUCCCUCUGAAUAAGCAAGGGACAUAGCUAUAUUUUAAAUCAAGGUUCUUUCAUUAUUUUACAGAAAUUAAACUAGCAGCAGAAAAUUAAAUGUAAAAAUACCAAAAUACAAAUAAAUGUACUUAAAAUAUGGUUGGUGGGUUUAAAAGAUGAAAUCCAAGUAAGGACAC